AUGGACAGAUUCGUCCCAAAAGUCACCGUUGAAAAGAGCACAGAUCCACCGUGGCGCAAACGCAAUGACAUACCAUCGAUUAUUGAGUACAACAACCAUGCAGCCAGUAGUGACACAUCGAAAGCGGAGUUAUUUGCGGAUUUCUUCGAAAGCCAAUACACACCGAGUGAUGACAUUGAUUUGGAUAACUUGCUAAGUGAAUGCGGUGAUAAUGCGUUUGACAUCGAACUGAACGAGGCUGAUGUGUUGAAGGCACUGCUUUCGAUCAAUGUGAACAAAGGAGCUGGCCCUGAUGGCAUUUCACCGAAAUUACUCAAAAAUUGCGCGUAUUCACUCGCUAAACCGUUAUCAAAGUUGUUCAAUAAGUCAUUACAAGCGGGAAUAGUGCCGAGUAUGUUGAAAAAUUCGAGAAUUGUGCCGAUUUUUAAAUCUGGCAAAAAGAGCAUUGCAUCGAACUACAGACCUGUUGUCAUAAUACCAACAAUGGCGAAGGUGUUUGAAAGUAUUGUGAACAGUAGAAUUAAAGCAUUUGUGAACGAUGAUUUAAAACUCAUUUUGAGAAUCACGUCACGGAAUGAUGCCCGCUUAUUCCAAAUGGCCAUUGACCAACUGCACGAAUGGUGUAUGCUCAACAAGCUGUACCUUAAUCUGAAGAAAUGUUUCGUCAUGACGUAUGCUAAAAACAUCACCGUACGAAGAUAUGAAUACACAAUAAACAAUGGGCAACACAUGUUUGGUAGAGUUGAGCUACACAGAGACCUGGGGGUCAUUUUUGACGCGAAACUCACAUUCGCCAACCACAUCGAUACAACAGUAGCUAGCGCCUACGGAGCAUUAG